AUGGGCAUCCUGGAGAAGAUUUCGGAGAUCGAGAAGGAGAUCGCCCGUACUCAGAAGAACAAGGCUACUGAGUACCAUCUUGGUUUGCUGAAAGCAAAACUUGCCAAGUACAGAGCACAACUCUUGGAACCCUCUAAAUCUGCCUCUACCAAAGGAGAAGGCUUCGAUGUGAUGAAAUCUGGAGAUGCCCGAGUGGCACUGAUUGGCUUUCCUUCUGUGGGUAAGUCUACAUUCCUGAGCUUAAUGACAUCUACUGCCAGUGAAGCUGCAUCCUAUGAAUUCACCACUCUGACAUGUAUCCCAGGUGUUAUUGAAUACAAAGGAGCCAAUAUUCAGCUCUUAGAUCUUCCUGGAAUCAUUGAAGGUGCUGCUCAAGGGAAAGGCAGGGGUCGACAGGUGAUUGCUGUAGCUAGGACAGCUGAUGUAGUCAUCAUGAUGCUGGAUGCCACCAAGGGAGAAGUCCAGAGGUCCCUAUUGGAAAAGGAAUUGGAAUCUGUGGGGAUCCGGCUCAACAAGCACAGACCCAAUAUCUACUUCAAGCCAAAGAAAGGUGGUGGGAUCUCCUUCAAUUCCACUGUUACCCUGAGCCAGUGUUCUGAAAAGUUGGUGCAGCUCAUCCUACAUGAGUACAAAAUCUUCAAUGCUGAAGUACUCUUCCGAGAAGAUUGUUCCCCAGAUGAGUUUAUUGACGUGAUUGUUGGCAACCGAGUGUACAUGCCCUGCUUGUAUGUUUAUAACAAAAUUGAUCAGAUUUCAAUGGAGGAAGUUGACCGCUUGGCACGAAAGCCCAACAGUGUCGUCAUUAGUUGUGGGAUGAAGCUGAACCUGGACUUCUUGCUGGAGAUGCUUUGGGAAUACUUGGCCCUAACAUGUAUCUACACCAAAAAGAGAGGACAAAGACCAGACUUUACAGAUGCCAUUAUUCUUCGGAAAGGAGCUUCUGUAGAGCACGUGUGUCAUCGUAUUCACCGAACCCUCGCCAGCCAGUUUAAAUAUGCUUUGGUGUGGGGCACCAGCACAAAGUAUAGUCCUCAGAGAGUGGGAUUGACACACACGAUGGAGCAUGAGGAUGUCAUCCAGAUAGUCAAAAAGUAGCCUCUCUGCUGCUGGUUAUCAGUGCCUGCCCCUGCCCCAAUCUCUAGAGGGACAUCUGAUUAACUGUUAUCAUCUACAAGCCAAAAAGCAGGGGGGAAAUAAUGGGGUAGGGUAUAGGAGGGUGGGGGAAAGUAUGUGUGCCCAAGGAAGAAAACCUAGAAAAACCCCAGAGUCACAUGCGUGUGCUUCCACAAACCUUGUUCAAUAGGAGGAUGAGGAAAGACUAAAAAGGAGCCAUUGUGGGCCAGAGGGAUUUGCACAUUGUGGGCAUUUUGCUCAUAUGAGAGAGGUGGUCCUAAAGUAGAGGAUCUGGAGAAUGGUAGCCAGAAACCAGAACUGACCCUCCCGUCCUCUAGACUCUGCUUAGACCCCCAUGGGCUGUUGACCAUCUGCCGAAGUAGACUUGUCACCUGGCCAGCAGCUUGCUCGGGCCACUGGCCAUGUGGAUCUGGGUGGGCUGUGCAGCUUUCCCUUGGUGGGGAGGAGGGGGCGCUAAGAGUUGUAUUGGAAUCUGUGUUCUUGCCAUUAGGGCCUGUUAGUAUGUGUUUCUCUUUCAUGGAGACUGGUUUACAAAUGGUUAAAAGUGUCUUAGUGUGACGUGCUGGGACUCUUCUUUUGCCUUCCCGUCCAUUAAGACUUCUUUAUUAGGAGACAUAACUCGUGGCUUUCUGUGUUAGACCACUUUGGUACCUGGAGCAAAUUUCUGCCCUUCAAGCCCUUCCCUCUCCUUUCUGAGCCUCCUCCUAUUGGACCAGGUGUCCUGAAGAGCCCCCAGACUAUCCUGUAAUUGUCACGGGGUAAAGAACAGAAAAUCACAACUAACUGGCGAUAAAUAAACAAUUAAAGAUGCA